AUGGUGAAAAUAUUCAUUGGGAAUUUAGCUGCGGAGACGACCACCGAUGACCUACGCUCUCUGUUCUCCCAGUAUGGCAAGAUUGCAGAGUGUGACAUUGUCAAGAACUUUGGCUUUGUCCACAUGGAUGACAAGUCGGAGGCGGAGGAGGCCAUUCGUAACCUCCACCACUAUGAGCUGAAUGGCCAGCCCAUGAAUGUAGAAUUGAGCCGCGGCAAAUCCAAAGCUUCAACUAAGCUACACGUCGGUAACAUUGCCUGCACCAACCAAGAGUUACGGGCCAGGUUUGAGGAAUAUGGCGCUGUGUUGGAGUGUGACAUAGUGAAGGACUAUGCCUUUGUUCACAUGGAGAGAAUGGAUGAUGCGUUGGAGGCCAUCAAUAAAUUAGACAACACUGCCUUCAAAGGCAAACUGAUGAGUGUGAAGCUUUCCACUAGCCGCCUGCGCACCGCGCCGGGAAUGGGAGAGAGAUCGGGUUGUUAUCGUUGCGGGCAGGAAGGCCACUGGUCCAAAGAGUGCCCUCUAGAUCAAAACGGUUACCCAGAAAAUGGCUCAGAGCCACAGUCCGACGGAUACAGUGCUGCUGGGUUUGUUGGGCGUGGCGGCGGCGGCGGCGGCGGCGGCAGCUGGGGUUACCAUCCGGGCUUCGGCGGUGGUCAGGAUUUCGCUGGCGGCUAUGCUCCUGUACAUGAUUAUUCCCGGUAUUCCAGUCCUGGCGGUGGCGUGGCGGGGUACGGCAGGGGCUUCGAGAGCGCUGUGAGUUACGGGGUGCCCCCGGGUUACAGCUAUAGCGCCGCAGCGGAUCAUAGCGUGGCUCGGAUGUACGGCAGCGGAGCAGCUUACGCGGGCGGCGGCGGCUCACUCUAUAGCGCGGUGCCUGGCUACCCGGCGCGGCAGCCCCCUAGCGACGAAAGGGACCCGUACGGUGUCAUGGACUUCUACGAGAAGUACAGGGCUCACCCAUACGGAGCCGGCUAUUACGAGGUCCCCUUGGCGGCGCCAUCCCCCCCUCCGCCUCCUUCCGCCGCUAUAGCGCGGGAACGUGUGCCACGCUCGAGCAUCGACCCCUACGAGUGCCCUCCCCUCCCUGCUGCGGCGGCCCCGGUCACCUCAUACUACGCCCGUGACCGAAGUCCCAUUCGGAAAGUGCCCCCCGAGCCCGAGAGGUACGGCUUUGAGCAUUCGCGGGCCGCCUCGAUGGCCUCCCUCCCGAGAAGCACGCCCUUUGACCUCUCGCGGGAUACCUAUGCUGAGCGGGCGCGCUAUGCCUACUAGCGAUGCGACUCUGCUAACGGGGCCACCGGCAUUUAGUUCUUAAUGUAGCCCAUGAAACACAGGAGUAAGUAUGAGAGUUGACUGUUCACAUAAGCUGGGUUAUCAAUGAGGAAAGCCACAUUGAAAUACUGCAUAUAAGCUUCAUAUGAUUGACUCGUAGCUGUCUGUUGUGGUAUGCUCUGAGUCUUUGCAGGUGAUGUCCCAACAUGUGGGACGACUACUCAUUUGCAUUACUCCGUCUUUCUUAUGAUAACAUUUUUGAAUGACAUGUUACUUUUUUAGUGUAAUACAUUGUGUGUUUCUCAGUGAAGCUAAACUUGUACAUAUAUACUCAUUGGAUAACACUAACAAAUAAGAAUCCAUGUAGAAGCAUGUUUUAAAGGUGACCUGCUACACAUUUGAAUCAUGGUUUACUCUGUAGCUUUUUAACCUGUGACCAUUUGUUUUGUGCUGUUUAUCUGCCUCUUUUAGAGGUUAUACAGAGUAAGAAUUUGUGUUUGUGAAGCAAAACCCCAUACUGAAUCAGGGGCUGAAUAAGUGACCUAAUUUUGUUUGUUAAAAGCAAAAAAUUGUUGCGUGACGUUCGUUUAAUAUAAAUAUGUGAAACCUGAGCUGAUCCUUGUGUUAAACUCUUUUUUUUAAGGAUAGUCGAAUAAAUUAUUUUUCCCUCUGACUCUGUAUUUUAUUGAUGCACUCCAACACUUACACCAGUCGUAUAGGCAAUUAAUGUUAGGGUUUUAAAUUGUUUCUUAUAUCUUCAAGUAUCUAGCAUCGUGAGGCCGUAGUGAUACUCACGUUUCGUCAUUCGUAUGAGAAUACGUAGCGUGUCUGUCUGAUCUGGACGGUAUCACGAGGGAACCUUGCUGCAGGAACCCCAAAAAGAAUUUGGUCAGAAUGUACAACUGGCCAAUAUUUUUUUAGCACCACAGAUUAUCCGACGCAUUUAAAUGCAGUACAUUAACAUUGGUGAACAUGUAGUCAAAAUCGAAAUUGUGCAGAUGCACAACACGUACAUUGACAUAGAAGUGCGUAACAAUGCAUAAGGUGCUGUAUAGAUUUUCUUAAGGCAUAUUAUUAAAUAGCUGGUCAGUAUGGCAAUCCAAUUUGACAUAAAUUCGCUAGACUGGAUAUGUGUUGCAGAUAUCUGCAAUUCAGUUUCGCGUAGUCAAAACUAACAUUUCGGAUAUCCGCAACUACAUUCCUCCUAUCCACAAUUGUCAUUUCAGAUAUCCACAAAGACUUUCCA